AUGGGCAUGCAGCCGAGAAAAGGAGAGCUGCAACAGACGCUGGAGGUUGCAUGCCCUCUGUCCGAUGGCUCGCGGAUCUCUAAGGAAGAAUUCACUGCGAUCAUGAUGCGCUUUCUUGCUCGACGGGAUUCAGCAACCAGGCUGAUGCAAGACUUUGACACGAUCGAUUAUGGUUCAAGCUCAGAUGAUGCAAAGGCUUCAUUGACAUUAAAGAUCUUCAGAGACUUUCGAAGAAUGUUGAAGGGGAAUCUCGACCAGAUUCGGAUAAGAAACUUUGACAAAGAUGGGGAUGGCAAAUGGAAAUUCGAUGAAUUUGUUACAGCUUUAGGUUACGAGCUUGAGAGAAAGAGGGGGAUUGAAAACAUCUUGUAA